GACCCCUCUGCGGCGGCCUGCAGAUCCGCCGGAACCUUGCGGUCAAUGGCCGCCAGAAGCUGUUGCUGCGACGCCAUACAGACCGGCUGCACGCGAAACAGGCCGGUGGGGCUGGUGCUGCUGGCGCCGCAGCCAGCCACUCAGCCGCCAGCGGCGCCGCCACAGUGGCGGGUUAGCCUGGACCAGCUGUGGGUGGCUAACGCUGCGGGGGCUGUGUCCUACGUCCACUACACGGGGCGGCUCUUGGAGCCUGGGCCUGGCGUGCUGCCCCCGGCGGUGGAUGGGGCGUGGCAGCCUGCCUGUGUGCUGCAGCACCGCAAGCCGCGGCACCUGUGGACCUUUGAAGAGCGGGCGGCGUACGAUGCAGCAUCACCAGGGGAACGGGCGGGGGCGUGGCCUCGGGCGCCGUACUUCCUGGCGCCGGAGGCUGGGGUGGUGGUGCACCCGGAGCACUGCCGGAUUGCGGGUGUCAGCUUGGCGGACUACACGCUUCUCACCGCGCAGCUCAAGGCGGCUAAGCUGGAGCACUUUGUGGCCAUCUGGGCGGCGGGUGGCGCGCUUUGUGAAGUGGAGGAGGUUCAGGCGCCUGGGCGGCUGUGGGCCUUCCUGCACAGCGCGUCUUGCGGCGGGCUGGAGCCCGCGUAGUCAGCGCCACAUCUGGCCCGUUUAGUUUUCUGCUUGUGUCUCCUCUGCCGGUUCUCCUGGGGUGUUGCUUAAGCAACCGACUUGUGGGGGUGGGGUGGGUUUGGGCGGGGCAAGUGCGUAGCGCUGGUGUUUUCUUUUCUGGCGCGCGGUGGUGGUGGUUCUUGCGGUUAGGCUGUGGUGUAGGUUGGUGCUUGGGUUAGGUCUGGCGGUAUUUUUGUGCAACCCCUCCCGGGGGGCGGGGGGGGCCAGCCUCCUGCUCUGUCUGCCGGGUCGGGGUGGGGUGAGGUGGGAUGGAUGGGGGUGGUUGGUGGCGGUUUUCGAGGUGUUUGCUUUCUGUUUUCUUCUCUUUUCUUCUCUUCUUGCUUGCCCUGUCCGGGUUCUGGUCUCGGGGACCAGGCUGCUUUCCGGCAGUAGGGGGGCAGCGCGUCUGCCCCUGUUCAACCUUGUAAGGAUGAUUCCUCAAAAAAAAAAACCUUGUAAGGAUGAUUCCUA